CUGAUAAUUCAUAAUCGACCCAUAUGAUAUGUUGGCUCGCACAGUUGCACCAUCAGGUCACCACUCGCAACAAGUGGCGAUGACGACGAGUGAAGCAGAACACGCUAUUUCCCCCACAAAUCCAGCCUGAAAAUAGGCAAGAAGGCAUGUGUUCACUUACAAACUCAGCUUCCUAAUUCUCUCUCUCUUCAAGUUACUCUCUCGCUUUCUUCACCUAGAUUGCCCUUUACUUUCUCUCUCUAGAUCCCCAAUUUCAACUACCCAUUUCAUUUUUUAUAGUCAAUGAUUCAUUUGCAUGUAAUGCUCGGUGCCCAUUCCCCAGAUCUGAAUAUUGUGCGUCACUUGAUGGUGGGUUCUUGAUAAUGGCGUAGUUAAGUGGGGUUUUGAGUUCAAAUCUUGACGAGGAAAAAAUGGGAUCCGGUGGUAGCAAGAGCAGGACUACCUGUGGUGCGUCUUCAUCAUCUGGUCGCCGGAAGGGGAGAAGUAAAGGGAGUAGGGUUUUUCAGUCUUCUUGCCUUGGAGGCUCUUCUCAUGACACCAGUCAUCUUUGUGAUCAUGAUAGCAAAGAAAAUGGAGGCAAUGCUUCAUCUAACGCUCAGAUUGAAACAGAGUCGGGUCAGGUCAAAAGUGACGGGGGAAAGGUAAAAGUUGAGCAAUCUGGUGAACGCUGUUUAUCAUCUAAUGCUGAGCUAGAUGAGUGCAGCCAGGCCAGUAUCACAAAUACGGCCUCUAGGAUAGGUAGCAGCUCUGCUCGAGCUGCUCCGACCUUGACUUCUCAAAGUAGCUUUCUAUCUCGCUUUAGUUUCCUUCCUGGUAAUGUCAGCUUUAGAUUAAACAGAGCAACCAGUUUAGGGUCAUCCAGGGCUUAUCGUAUCCCUUCUACAAAUCUCCAAAUGCUGAAUGAUGAAGAAGAGAUUCAUCUGCAGCCAAGAUCAGCCGACAGUGUCUCUGCUGGAAAUUUGACUCGACAAAUUAGUGAUCUUCUACCUACAACUCGCUCACAGCAGCAUGAAGAGAUUUCUGCUCAUCUACAGCAACGCAAUCGAGUAUCUAAUUUCUUGAAUAUUAAUGGAGGCAAUCAUACAAAUUCUUCUGCUCAUGGUGCACACGGAGAUAGGGGUAGCACCAAAGUAGGGAAUAGUGGAACCUCACGAUCUCCAAGAAUUUAUAAUGACUCGGAUAGUUUUGAGUCUAGAAUUUCCGAUAGAAGAAUUGGAGCACAAGAACCUGUUGAACGUAAUGUUUGUUUUAGCCGAACCCUAAGUGUUGGAAGACUUCGAGACAGAGUUCUUCGUCGAUCACCACCAUCUUAUAGCACAUCUUGUCCUUUGCAACAAGAGAGAGCAUCAGGAGAUGCCAGUCAGUUAAGUGGGAGACAAUACUUGGGUAGUGAAAUGAGAAUAUCAGAAUCUGAAGGUGACAGUUUGAACCGUCCAACUACAUCUGGUUAUCCUCCUUCUAGCACCUCUAGCUCCUUUUUCAGUGUUCACGAUCAUGAGCUGGAAACUGCACGAUCAAGAGACACUAGGUAUCAUGACCUACUGGAACAUAGGUCAAAUUUCCUUGAGCGGAGAAGGAGAAUAAGAUCUCAGGUUCGUGCUCUUCAGCGAUUGGGAAGCCGUUUUGAGAAUCUCUCUGGACAUGAGAGGUCAUGUAUAUUAUCUGGUCAUCAUAGAACAGGUCGUUGUACAUGUCGUACAACUAAUCGGGAUGCCAACUCAAAUGAUGAUACUAGUGCUAGAGCUAGCAUUUCAAGAAUUGUGAUGUUAGCUGAAGCUCUAUUUGAGGUUCUGGAUGAAAUUCACCAGCAAUCUGUGGUGCUAUCCUCUCAGCCAUCACUGUCUUCACUUGGAUCUGUACCUGCACCUAUUGACGUAGUGGAGUCUUUGCCAAUCAAAUUAUACACCAAGUUGCAAAAACAUCAGCAUGAAGAGGCAGCUCAAUGCUAUAUAUGCCUUGUGGAGUAUGAGGACGGGGACAGUAUGCGGAUGUUACCUUGCCAUCAUGAAUUCCACAGAACAUGCGUGGACAAGUGGUUAAAGGAAGUUCACAGGGUUUGUCCACUUUGUCGCGGGGAUGUCUGCAGAUCCGAUUCUCUUCCCUCAGAGAACUGAGGUGGCUUCAUCAGCUGAUGAACUCUCAUAAAGAUUCUGAAAAUCCCUUUCCUUGAGGACAUGUGAAUGGUAAAACUUAAAAGAAGGGUGGUGAUGUUUUAGGUUAGAGCUGCGGUUUUGAAAUUCUGCAGUUAUUUAUUUGGGAGGGGGAAAUGGAUGGAUGGGAUCAUGGGAGGAACAGGGUUCUUUUAUUUGUUAUAUUUGGAAAAUCUUUACGAGGGAAAUGAAAAAAAUGUAUCUGAAAUACCAAGAAUUAAUAACAUCAAAAACACCAUUUCAUCUUACAAA